AUGGUGAUCCCCGAGGUGUAUCAGCCGAGCUUUCAAAGAUGGUUGGCCGAAUUCCACAUCACCGCCAAUAAGGAUUUCCUCCUUCAAGAAAUGCCCUUGUGGCUUCAAAUUUCUGCUACUUUUGAGCUUUUUGUUCAAUUGCCCAUAUUCUUCCUUGCAGCAAGAGCUUUGAGACGCAAUUGCCAGAAAAUCUAUGUGUUGAUGACUGUUUACGGUUUCAACGCAUUCUUUACCACCUUAUUGUGUCUCGCCUACGCUUACAGAGACGCUCCCAAGCACGGCUUGACCGCAGCAGAGACUUACAACCUUUUGGGUCUCUACACGCCGUACUGCUUGAUUCCUCUAGUGAUGAUGUUGGAUUGUGGUUGGAGAGCUACCCAGCUCAUUGAAAGGCCGAAGACAGAGUAA